CCAAUGGGUCCUGACUGAGUGAACGUGUGUGUGUGCUACAGCUAUUGAGCAGUUUACAAAAUCAGAGUCUCGCAGACAGACACACCUAAAGCCUCAAGAAGUGUUCCGGAGACGCACUGAUGUGGCCUGAACCACUUUGUCAUUUUUAAUAUUAAACAGUUCGAGUUGGAGAAGUCGCGUCGGGGUCGACUUUGAGAUCCGUGUGACCCUGGUCUAUCGUUGUCACCGGGAAGGAGUGUCAUGGCGGAGCCUGACUACCUGGAGGGAGACUGUGAUGAGCUUAUCAAACCCAAGAAGUUAAGCAACCCAGUCAAGAGCUCCCGUAACCACCAGGACCUGCACCGAGAGCUGCUCAUGAACCAGAAGAGGGGUCUGGCUCCUCAGAACAAACCCGAGCUCCAGAAGGUUAUGGAGAAGAGAAAGAGGGAGCAAGUUCUCAAGGCUCAGAAGGAGGAGCAGGAGGCCCACAAGAAGAGGAGCGACCUAGAGAUAGAGCUCAUGAAAAGACAACAGAAACUAGAGCAGCUGGAGCUGGAUCAACAGAAAAAUGAGGAGGAACAGGAGAACACCCCCGAGUUUGUUAAGAUGAAGAGCAACCUGCGCAGGACCAAGCAGGAGAGCGAUGGGGAGGAACGGACCACCUAAAAACCUGCAGGGGUGUCUGGGUCUGGCUGAUUGUGUUUCUGAGAGUGUGUUGUCUGUGGUGCACGGUGCUGACCUGACCGUGGUCCGAGAUGAACUUCCUGCCUUCCCCAACCUAGCUGUUCCAUCCCGCAGUGAGGAGAGAGACUUUACAGACUAAAGACCCCCUCUGUCUGCCUGCCACGGACUGCCAGCACUUGCCUCUGCUGCCCACACCCAUCCGGCAGCACACAGCACCCCCUGCAGGAGGGACCUAACACAGACAUGUUACAUGUUAAAUGCCUUUCAACGAGGGCGAGCAAGCUUCCAAUGAGCUCUGAUGAAGAAACAAACACACACACACACACACACACACACACACACACACACACACACACACACACACACACACACAAACAAACAAACAAACAAACAAACAAACAAACAAACAAACAAACAAACAAACAAACAAACAAACAAACAAACAAACAAACAAACAAACAAACAGACACACACACACACACACACACACACACACACACACACACACACACAGGAGUUUUCAUCCCAUUUCUUUUUACUCCUCUCUCCUCAGCAAGCUGUCGUUUCUCUUUACUGUUAUCAAUGUUGUCGUUGUUUUUUUUGUUCUCAUCUUCAGAAUCAAAUAAGGAAAAGUGGACACUGGAUGGACUCUUGAAGCUGUGUAAUGUAAAAGCCAAACACAUGUGCUUUUGUUAUUUAUGUUUGUAGCUUUUAGCCCAGGUAUAGGGAAGGACACUUUUUAGUUGUUCUGUAUUUUAGCUUGUUUUACAGCAUAGUUUAUGAAGCCAGAACAGGACAAAGGGAGUGUAUGGUUGUAUGAAACACUCACGUUUGCUUUAUUAUUAUUUUUAUUUUUUUUUAUUCUAAACAUGCCAUUUCCUCAGCUAAUGCAAUUUGGAGCAAUAGUAGAACUCCCAGGCAUGAGAGUGACCUUUUCUUUAUAUAUUCUGUUGUUUUGUAUGAAUAAAAAUGUUACUACUAAUUUAAGUUUUUGUUAGGGUGGUCAAUAAGAAUAAGCCCUGAACCCUGUCUGAUCAGUCUUUGUGUACUUUUAUGAACAAAAGACUUGCAGCUACAGGUAGAAAGCUAACACAUGUAGGCGACAAAAAUGUCAAAAAUAUAUAAUUGAUUAGUAGUUCUUGGGAUAUCUGCGUGGCUCCUGAAACAACUCUGAUAAGUGUUAUGGAACUUUAUCACAUCAAUAUUUUGUCUUUAUUGACAAUGGAGCCAUGAAUGUGCAGACAGAUAACGUUAAUCAGUGAAUCUGAGCUAAAGUGGCCAUUAUCUGCAAAACAAUUUAACUAUGUAGCCAUUACCAUAUACACAUUCCAAAAUGGUUACACAAUGUUAGAAACUGUGAUAACUUUGGAUGUUAAUGUGCAUGUGCAGUGUUUAUUUAAAUACCAUGCAGAAUAGUAUUAUGGGUCUAACAUUCUGGUGUGUGGGUCUCCAAGAGAUGAUAACUAUUAUUCUAAAGGGAAGAAUCAGAUUUAUAACAUAACCCUGUGUUCUUCACCAGAAUCUUCUUUUAAAUAAACAUAAUGUUAACAUGUUA